AUGAUAUACAUUUACAUCACCUCUUGCUUGCGGUACAAGUUGAAGUUGUUACAGAGAGCAACAAAUUCGACAAGAGAAAGCAAAGCUAGACUUUCCUCUUGCGUUCUCUGGCGAUUCCAUUUUGAUUUGCCGACAAUGUCAAUGUUGAACAGCUUUGCUUUAUUGUUUGGGUUGUGCAUCGCGGGAGUCGGCCCGGGGGGCCCUUCUGAUUGCCAUUUGGUUGAUUCGGCGGCCCGCUGUGUGGCUAUCUAUCCGCCACGAGCGCAGCGCGUAAGUCAUCUCAGUGUCAGAGUAGUCAGAGAGCUGCAGCUGCCUCAGAGCGGGGGCGGGCAGAUUUCUGUAGACGAUCAAGUAAGAGCAAAACGAAUAAAGGAUGCUCACGCUACCGCACUUCGAUUUUGAUGUUCGGCACUUGUUCAUCACCUGUUAUAGUAUAGUGCUUUUUAAGCUACCGCUAACCCUAUGCGCCAAAAAAUGAGUCCGCGUUCACAACUUUUCUCCCUCUUUGCGGCGAUUUCGAAUCGCAGUGGAUAGAAGAACAAGGCGAACGUGCUUCGUGUUCUUUGCCCUUCUCGUCUGCCCGUUCGCGGGCCGGGAGCACGAACAUGAUGCUGAUAAUUACUACAAACAUGAAGAACCCAUCAAACAAGAACGGCUCAACAUAUUAAGUCACUAUGCUUACUCCGAAAGCGGGGGUCGUAGGGUCCGGGUCGCCGGGCCCGUCCAGAACUUGCGCAGUACUUCGCUGCGGAUGUUUCGCCUCUGGAAUUUCAGAGCCUGUCAGGCACAAGAUGGAGUGGUCUUGCGAAGCUAACAAGUGCUCCC